GGAGGCAGCCGGCGGGUUCUCAGAGGUGGGCGAGAAUGUUCUUUCCAGCUGAGCGGAGUGGGAGGAGCCAAGAACAUCUGGCGGAGGUGGAGGACUCGGCCCGGUCCCCCCUUUGUUUGCUCCACCUGGUGACUCACUCAGGAACCCAGAAGGUGAAACCACACAGGUGCAACAUGGAAUAUGCAUUUCGAGCCGUGACUCACACCCCCGGGAUUCUAAUCUGGAGAAUUGAGAAAAUGGAGCUGGUUCAAGUCCCUGAGAAAUCCUACGGACACUUUUAUGAGGGGGACUGCUAUGUUCUGCUCUAUACCCAGAGAGUGAAGAACUCCCUGUGCUACGACAUCCACUUCUGGCUGGGCUCAGAGUCCUCUCAGGAUGAACAAGGUGCAGCAGCCGUCUACACCACCCAGCUGGAUGACUUCCUGGGCUCCACGCCCAUCCAACACCGGGAGGUCCAGGACCACGAGUCUGAGGCCUUCCGAGGCUACUUCAAGCUGGGGAUAAUCUACAAGAAAGGCGGCGUGGCGUCCGGCAUGAGGCACACUGAGAGCAACACCUACGACGUCAAGAGGCUGCUUCACGUCAAGGGCAAGAAGCGAGUGAUCGCCAAGGAGGUGGACGUGAGCUGGAGCAGCUUCAACCUUGGCGACGUCUUCCUGAUGGACUCGGGGAAGAGCAUCAUCCAGUGGAAUGGACCCAAUAGUAACAAACAGGAGAGACUUAAAGGCAUGCUGCUGGCCAAGGACAUCCGAGACCGAGAGCGCGGCGGCCGGGCGGACAUCAAAGUGCUGGAGGGCGACAUGGAGGACAGUUCCCCCGACAUCAUGGACAUGCUGACAGAAGUCCUUGGCGAGAGAAACUGUGAACUGACGGACGGACCCCCCGAUGAAAGUCCCGACCAGGAGCAGAGGGCCCGAGUCACUCUCUACCAUGUGUGUGAUGCAGGCGGCCGGGUCCAAAUCACAGAGGUGGCCACGAGACCCCUGGUUCAGGAUCUCCUCAGGCAUGACGACUGUUACAUCCUGGACCACGGCGGGACCAAAGUGUUCGUGUGGAAGGGCAGGAAGGCCACCAAAGACGAAAGACAGAUGGCCAUAAGCCGAGCUUUGGAGUUCAUCCAAGUCAAAAACUAUUGCCUCACCACAAACGUGGAGGUCAUGAACGACGGGGCCGAGUCGGCGCUCUUCAAGCAGCUCUUCCAGGCCUGGACCGUCAAGGACCAGACUCAAGGUCUGGGCAAGGUGCACACCCGAGGAAAGAUUGCCACCAUCUCCCAGGAGGCGUUUGAUGUGAGUAUCAUGCAUGAGAUGCCGCAGAUCGCUGCCCAGGAGCGGAUGGUGGACAACGGCUCAGGACAGGUGGAGGUGUGGAGAAUAGAAAACUUUGAGCUGGAACCUGUGCCGCCCCCCAGUUACGGUUACUUCUACGGAGGAGACUGCUACCUGGUCCUCUACACGUACCUGGUGAACAGGAAGAAGAGUUACCUGCUCUACAUCUGGCAGGGGCGCCACGCCACACAGACGGUGUUGGGGGCGUCUGCCCUGCAGGCCAUAGACCUGGACGAGAGGUACGGUGGGGCUCCGGUUCAAGUGAGAGUGACCAUGGGGAAAGAACCCAGACACUUUCUGGCCAUUUUCAAAGGCAAAAUUGUCAUCUAUGAGGGGACGGCACCUGGAAAAGAUUAUUGUGAGCCACAACCAGCAGUCAGGCUGUUCCAGGUCCACGGCAGCGAGCCCUCCGAUACAAAAGCUAUCGAGGUUCCAGCGCUGGCGUCUUCUCUCAACUCCCACGACGUGUUUCUGCUCAAGAGUCCGUUUGGACUCUACUUGUGGUGUGGGAAGGGCUCCAGUGGAGACGAGAGAGCCAUGGCCAAGGAGAUCAGCUCCAUGAUUGGACAGAAGACUCACAGCAUCCACGCAGAGAUCAUUGCGGAGGGUCAGGAGCCGGAGGAGUUCUGGGAAAUAGUCGGAGGCAGAGCUCCCUACGCGUGUGACAAGAGACUGAAGCAGGCGCUCCUGGACCACCAGUCACGCCUCUUCGAGUGUUCCAACAAGUCUGGACGCUUCUUUGUGAGCGAAGUGACCCAGUUCACACAGGACGACCUCAGCCAGGACGACGUCAUGCUACUGGACACCUGGGACCAGGUGUUUCUCUGGAUCGGCAAGGAGGCCAACAAGGUGGAGUGCAAAGAGGCGGUGCUCACCUGUAAAGAGUACCUGCGCACACACCCAGGCGGCAGAGACCCAGACACACCUGUGCUCUUGGUCAAGCAGGGAUUUGAACCUCUCACUUUCACCGGCUGGUUUACUGCCUGGGACCCUUUGAAGUGGAGCGAGGGUAAGAGUUACGAGCAGCUGAAAGAGGAACUUGGGAACGUGACGUGUCCUGUCAAAGCUGCAAAUGGUCAAAGCUGCGGGGAAAGUGACCAAAGUUUUCAGUGUUUUCCUGCCGAGGUUUUGGUCAACAAACUUGUCAGCGAGCUCCCAGGAGACGUUGACCCCACCAAGAAGGAGAGGUACCUCACCGACUCGGACUUCUGCCACAUCUUUGAGAUCACCAAGGACCAGUUUGCCAACCUGCCGCCCUGGAAACAACUCAACAUGAAGAAAGCAAAAGGCCUCUUUUGAGAAACCUGUGCAAGGGGGAAAAAAAAAACAAAAAAAAAACAUGACAAAAAAAGUCUGCACACUGACGAGUAAAAUGACGUCAAUUUUAAUCAGGACUCGGGAGGAAAUAUCCACAUCUGCCAUCAAAACAUUUAGAUUAAAAUUAUUCAAAUCUGCCAUUAAAAAUGUUUCUUUUAUGCUCGUUUGUCUCCCAAUAAAGAAAGGUGGAGAUCA